GCGGUGGUCCGACUGGAGGCAGGCAGAGAGAACAUCAACCUUUUAUAUUAUAGCUGUACUCGCAAGACAAUAUCUGCAAUCAGGACACAAGGAUGGCAGAGCCUCGAUUUAACAACCCGUAUUUCUGGCCGCCGCCUCCAUCCAUGCCAGGCCAGCUGGAUAACCUGGUGCUCAUUAACAAGAUCAAGGAGCAGCUGAUGGCUGAGAAGAUCCGACCCCUUCACCUGCCGCCUACCUCCACCCCUUCCCAGCAGCCUCUGCUGGUGCCCACCUCGUCCCCCGAUGGCAGCACUCAGCACGGCAUGCCAGUGCCAAAGCCCCAACCGCAGCAGGUGCCGGGCCACCACCCGCAGCCUCAGGGCUCUGGACAGCCGGACAUCGCUCUGCAUGCUCGCUCCGCCUCAAGCUCUGGACCAGAUGGAAAUAUGGAUGACAAGGCGGCAGUGAAGGCCAAAGGAUUGUGGGAAGACUGGCACAUGAGACAGCUUGGCGAGCAACCUGGCCGGGUCAACCAUCGCUCAGGUCUGGCUCCUUCAUCCCGACCCGACAGCCAUAGCACCUCAGAGGCCCUGACCCCCACAACUCCAACCUCCAGCAGCCAGAACCGCCUGGGCGGUGCCCCCUCCGUGAACAUCAUCUCUGGGCUGGCUAGUGGCCCCGGCAUGGACCACAUGAAGGCUGGAGGCCUGGCAGGACUGUUGGGCCCCCCACCCAAAGCACCCCGGGGACGGAAGAAGAUCAAAGCUGAAAACCCAUCUGGUCCUCUGCUGGUGGUGCCCUACCCCAUCCUAGCUGACCAAGGCUGUGUCACUGUUGCACCCAAAGAGGGAAAAACCUACAGAUGCAAAGUGUGCCCGCUCACCUUUUUAACCAAGUCAGAGAUGCAGAUUCACUCAAAGUCCCACACAGAGGCCAAACCACACAAGUGUCCCCACUGCUCCAAGACGUUUGCCAACGCCUCCUACCUGUCUCAGCACCUGCGCAUCCACCUGGGGAUCAAACCCUAUCACUGCUCCUACUGCGAGAACUCGUUCCGUCAGCUGUCACACCUGCAGCAGCACACCAGAAUCCACACUGGCGACAGGCCUUAUAAAUGUGCUCACCCCGGAUGUGAAAAGGCUUUUACCCAGCUGUCUAACCUCCAGUCUCACCAGAGGCAGCACAAUAAAGACAAGCCGUAUAAAUGUCCUAACUGCUACCGUGCCUACUCAGACUCCGCAUCAUUGCAGAUCCACUUGUCAGCGCACGCCAUCAAAAACGCUAAGGCCUACUGCUGUAGCAUGUGUGGCCGGGCAUACACCUCAGAGACCUACCUUAUGAAGCACAUGUCCAAACAUACAGUGGUGGAGCACCUAGUGAGCCACCAGUCGCCCCAGAGGACCGAGUCCCCCAGCAUCCCCAUACGCAUCUCCCUCAUCUGAGCUCCCCAGCCUCUCAGCACCAGGUUGGAUUCAGAGUGUACAUUCGGCUGGAGCCGAGGCCCUGCACCCACGGCCAUCUACAUAAGGCUUACAUUAGCAUUAUGACAGCUGACAUAGAGAGCAUUCAGAAAGUAUUCAGACCACUUCACUUUAUUCACAUUUGGUUAUGUCGUAGUCUUAUGCUAAAAUCAUUUACAUUCAUUUUCCCCUUCAUAAAUCUACUCUCAAUACCCCAUCAUGACAAAGAGAAUUUUAGACAUUUUUGCAAAUUAUGUCAAUGUGACAUUUCAGGAAAAACUGAAAUAUCACAUUGACAUAAGUAUUCAGACCCUUUACUCAGUACUUAGCUGAAGCACCUUUAACAGCGAUUAAAGCCUUGAGUACAACGCGACAAGCUUUGCACAGCUGGAUUUGGGGAUUUUCUGCCAUUCUUCUCUGCAGAUUCUCUCUGUCGGUGAACAGACACUUUCAGGUCUUACCAGAGAUGUUCGAUUGGGUUCAAUCAGGGCUCUGGCUUGGCCACUCAAGGGCAUUCACAGACCUGUCCUUAAGACACACCUGUGUUGUCUUGGCUGUGUGCUUAGGGCCAUGAAAGCUGAACCUUCAGCUGAGUCUGAUUUUCUGAACACUCUGGACCAGGUUUUCAUUAAGGAUAUCUCUCUAUCUGUAUUUUCUCCGUUCAGCUUUCUCUCAACCCCAUGAGCAGUUUCCCCAUCCCUGCUGCUGAAAAACACCCCCACAGCCCGAUGCUGCUCCCACCAUGCUUCACCUUUGGGCAGGUGAUGAGCGGUGCCUGGUUUCCUCCAGACUUAAUGCUUAGAUUUGAGGCCAAGCAGUUCAGUCUUGGUUUCAUCAGACCAGAAUCUUGUUUCUCACAGUCUGAGAGUCCUUUAGGUGCUUAUUUGCAAAUUCCAAGCAGCUUUCAUGUGUCUCUGACUGAGGAGAAGCUUCUGUCUGACCACACUGCCACAAAGCCCAGAUAGGCAGAGUUUCUGCAGUGAUUGUUCUCCUGGAAAUUUCUCUGAGAUCUCUGGAGCUCAGCCAGAGUGACCAUCAGGUUCUUGGUCACCUCUCUUACCAAGACUGUUGCUCCGCAGUUGGUCUGGUGGCCAGCUCUAAGAAGAGUCCUGGUUGCUCUAAACUUCUUCCAUUGAAGAAUUAUGGAGGCCACUGUGCUCUUGGGAACAUUCAAUGCAGCAGAGAGUUUUCCUGCAGGCAGUUCCUUUUGCUCUGGUGAGCAUUGUCAGCUGUGAGACCUUAUAUAGACAGGUGUGUGCCUUUCCAAAUCAUGUCCAAUCAGUUGAAUUUGGCACAGGUGGACCCCAGUCAAGGUGUAGAAACAUCUCAAAGAUGAUCAAGAGAAAUGGGCACCAGAGCUAAAAUUUAAGCGUCAUAGCAAAUGGUCUCAAUACUUAUGUCAAAUGAUAUUAAAGUUUUUCCUUUUUAAUAAAGUUGCAAAAAUUCUGUUUUCGCUUUGUCGUUGUGGGGGUUUUGAGUGUAGACGGAUGAGAUUAAAAAAUGAAUUUACGAUCUUAGCAUAAAGCUGCAAUAUAACAAGAUGUGAAAAAAGUGAAGGGGUCUGAAUAUUUUCUGAAUUUCACUGUAAGAAUUAAGUGCUAGAUUCCGUAAGUGGACUGCCUCCAUUCGUCAGGCCGUCUAUCAAAAAAGAGCACAGCGUUAUUUUGGGAAUGUAACAACACAGCUAGAUGUUGUCCAGAGGAUCGAGUGGCAAAGAAUGUCUUGCGUCAGAUUUAAUAAGCACUUUCGUAAGCGUCAUGUAAACUGCCGGAUGCAUUGGCCAUCAGAAUGUUUUAGUUAGGUUUUUUUUUCCCUCUUCCAUGAAAUGGGUUCCCAAAAUGUGCCAGAUGAUAUUUGCCCUUAUAAAGAAUUGAGAAAGUAGAAAAAAAAAAAUGUUUGCUGGGUGUAUUCUGGAGACAUCCAAAGAUAAUCUUAAAGCACUUUUAGGCCUUCUGGUUUUGGCUCAAAUUGUUUCAAUCUUGUUGGAUGGAAAAUGCCAAAGGGCAUUACUUGUGGCAGCUAAGAGUACUGACUGUGUAUAAAUAACGGUCUUUUUCUGUUAUUUUCUUUGCUUUUACAGGGUCGUCUAAAUUUGAAGAAAGGCAAUCGGUAGAUGACAAUUUAAACAUUUAAUGAUUGUAUUAAGAAGUAUUAUUGACUUGGGGUGGCAACAAAAAGAGAGCAACAUGGAAGGGAAGAAAGAUGAAUGUUUUUUUUUUGUUGUUUUGUUUUUUUAAAUUUCCAAAAUCUUUCACUCCGUAUUUGACAUUCACCUUUAUGGCACCUUUACGAUCAUAACAUAUGAUCAGAGAAACACUGCUUUUUACAUUACGUUUUUCCUCACAUCCCAUUAACUCGUGCCAUAUUUGAACUUUGUUGAGGUUUUAAGUGAAAGCAAAUCUUGUAAUAGUUUGUGUGUGUGUCUGCUUUCUCCAUUCAGUUGAGCUUCGACUUUUAUUUUCUUAGUAUUAGAAGUAUAUGUUGCAGAGGUUGAAAACAUUGCACAUGCAUCAGUGCCAGCUCUACUCUACUCAGCCCUACUUUUAAAUACACUUCAGCUGAAAUCAAAUUUUACUCGAGUGGUAAAUUUUAAACCUAACCACUGGACCAAAAUGUGAAGUUGUUGUACUCUGACCCAGUUAAGAUUUUUUUUUGUCUUUAAUAAGCUUUACCCAUUUGAAAUAAACUGCAGUAUAAGUCAUAUUUCAUAGGCCUAUAUUAUGAGUUUAUGUGGAGGUGAUGCUUCUCCUUUUGAUUUAUUUUUUCUCCCUAGUAUUCUUUUUAUUGUACACAGUAUUGUUUGAUGUAUUUUUACUGUAACUUUAACCUCCGGAUGGUACUAAUAGGGUACCCUGUGUUCUUCAGGGCACUUCAGAAAAGGUGCUACAGCUAGAUGUUAUGUUUGAGAUGGAACUGAGAAUAAUGUAAAAUACAUAUACAGUAUAUAGUAUGUUUUCAAAAGUAUAAAAACUUAUUACUCAAGCCACUGGCCUGAAAACAGACAUUUACGCCAACAACAGACCCUGCCUCUUCAAGUUAACUCUCUCUUUUGAGAUAA